AUGGCUGGAAAGAGCUCGAUGACACCGGCGAUGUUCGCUGCGAGACUCCGCACAAAUCAGCAGCAGCUUCGGUAUUUUGCUGCCGGAAUGUGUGCCCUUAUGGGCCUCUUCAUCGUCUUCCAUUGGAUCCGAUAUCUUUUCCACAGGGCGAAUUCCAACAAGAGAUCCAACUCUGGGGUCACUUAUCCGUUCAGGUUGGUCUCAAGGAACGUAAGGAACCUCCUCGUCCGAAAGGUUCCUGGCUUUACCUCGAGCGGUCACGCUCUCCUUGUCGCUUCAUAUCUGGCAGUCAACAUUGCUUUGACCUUUACCAACGUCAACUUGGUGUACUCCAGUAUUGCGAACAGGUGCGGGUGGAUUCUCUCUGCAAACUUCGCCGUCGUGGUCUUCCUGGCCCUGAAGAACACCCCGCUGGCCUUCCUAUCCGCAUACUCGUACGAGCGUCUAAACGGCCUCCACCAGAUUGCCGGGUACACAUCCUUCGUCUACCUAGUACUCCAUGCAGCCAUGUACACACAUUACUUCCUCGUGAAUAACCGUCCUGAAAUGCUGCAGUCGCAGGGCUCUAUUGCAGGCAUCGUGGCGGGUUUUGCCUUUCUCGGUGUUCUCUUCUCUGCUGUCGUUAUUCGACGUAUCUGGUACGAAGCCUUUUACGUCUCGCACAUUCUAUUUUUCGUUGUGGCUCUCAUUUGCUCCGCAUAUCACCAACCCCAUCUCGAAGACGGGCUCAUCAUCAUCUUUGCGCUCAUUGCUGCUAUGUGGGGCACUGAUCGCCUCCUUCGCGCGUCGAGGAUGUGGUAUCGGGCAGUCAACAACGAGGCCACCCUCGAACCGCUGCCCAACGGCGGCACUAAGAUCACGUUGGCGAAGAGGCCUCAUGGCGUGGUCCCUGGAAAGCACUGCUUUGUGUGGAUCCCCAAGAUCCGCCUUCUCGAAGCGCACCCCUUCACUGUCGUUGCAAGCGAGCCCAUGGAAUUUGUCGUCAACUCGUAUGAUGGCUUCACGCGUGACCUGCGCAAGUACGCGUUGGAUCAUCCUGGUAUCAGACUCAAGGCUUCUGUCGACGGGCCUUAUGGCACUUUCCCGGACCCCUUGGAGUAUGACAAAGUCAUCUUGAUCGCUGGCGGCAGCGGUGCCAGCUUCACCUUCGGCCUGGCUGUCAACCUCCUGGAGAGGAUGGGCCCGGAGUCCUCGAAGAAUAUUACCUUCAUCUGGGCUGUCAGAAAGCAUGAUAAUCUCUCAUGGUUCUCCCAGCACCUCAACACCCUCCGAACCCACGAGCAUUCCCCCAAAGUCAAUGUUUCGUUGUACGUCACAGCAGCUCCAGCCCACGACUCAGCCGAACAACGCCGCGGCUCAGUCCUCAUCACCGAUAUCCGACAAAUGCACCGCGUCACCACCACGUCCUCAGACGAGAAAUCCGACAGCAGCCCUACCAGCGUAAUGGGUGACCACGAGAUGAAUGAGAAGGCCCUCGAGCGGGGGAUCUUCACCACCACCAAGAGCAAGGGCCACAACACCACCUCCUCGGACCCAGAGAAGGCCCUCGCUGGCCCGAACAGCCAACAGCGGACGCCAAGCGAUGAAAGCUUAGCUACGGCGUACAGUGCUGCAGGCUCGUCCACCGCAGAACAUCACCGCGACGUGCUCAAGUCCGGUCGGCCCGACACGGCCACGCUGAUCCGCGAGGCGGUGCGGUCCACGCCACCGCGCCAACGCGUGCUGGUCGCGGCGUGUGGCCCGGACGGGCUCAUGCGCGUCGUCAGAGACACGACCGCCAGCCUGAUCAGCGGCGACGGACCGGGGGUCGAGCUGCACUGCGAGCAGUUCGGGUGGUGA